AUGACAGGACAAAAUAACACAGUACCAGGGUUGACUAAUAGUAGUAAUACAACAUUGCUAGAGCACAAAUAUUGGAGUCAAGUUUCACAAAACAAAGCCCCACUGAUUGGAAUUAGCACAGAAUUUUCUUUGACAAGUAAUAAUUGUCAAUUUAAACAAAGCAUAGAAGAAAAAAUUGAGGACAAACCAAACUUGUCUCAUAUUUGUGUUUCAUCUGUCAAUGAUGCCCACUGUUUAAACAGACACAAAAGGAAACAUACAGAAGACAAACCUUAUAAGCCUAGAGUAUGUCGUGCAUCAUUUUCUUAUACUUCCAGCCUGAAGCCAUGCAAGAGCACAUAUAGAGAGAAGAAAUCUUACAAAUGUGAUGAUUGUGGUGAAUCCUUUUCUGAAUCUGACAAUCUAAUAACACACCUGACAACACAUACAGAAGAGAAACCUUACAAGUGUGAUGACUGUGGUGCAUCUUUUACACAAUCUGGCAGUCUGAAGAUUCACAAGAGAACACAUACAAAAGAGAAACAUUUUAAGUGUGAAGAUUGUGGUGCAUCAUUUUCUUAUUCUGACCAUCUGAAAAAUCACAAGAGAACACAUGCAAAAGAGAAACCUUACCAGUGUGGUGAAUGUGGUGCAUCUUUUACUCACUCUCACAGUCUAAAGAUUCACAAAAGAAAACACACAGGAGAGAAACCUUACAAAUGUGAUGAAUGUGGUGCAUCUUUUACUCAGUCUCACAGUCUAAGGAUUCACAAGAGAACACAUACAGGAGAGAAACCUUACAAAUGUGAAGAUUGUGGUGCAUCUUUUGCUAAAUCUGGCAAUCUAAUGACACACAAGAGAACACACACAGGAGAGAAACCUUACAAAUGUGAAGAUUGUGGUGCAUCUUUUGCUAAAUCUGGCAAUCUAAUGACACACAAGAGAACACACACAGGAGAGAAACCUUACAAAUGUGAAGAUUGUGGUGCAUCAUAUUCUCAAUCCAACCAUCUGAAAAAUCACAUGAGAACACAUACAAGAGAGAAACUUUUUAAAUGUGAAUAUUGUGAUGUAUCAUUUUCUAAAUCUGACCAUCUGAAAAAUCACAAGAGAACACAUACAAGAGAGAAACCUUACCAAUGUAAUGAAUGUGGUGCAUCUUUUAUUCAAUCUGGCAGUCUAAGGAUUCACAAGAGAACACAUACAGGAGAGAAACCUUACAAGUGUGAUUUGUGUAAUGCAUCUUUUACCAUAUUUGGCACUCUAAAGACACACAAGAGAACACACACAGGAGAGAAACAUUACAAAUGUGAAGAUUGUGGUGCAUCAUUUUCUAAAUCUGACCAUCUGAAAAAUCACAAGAGAACACAUACAAGAGAGAAACCUUACCAAUGUAAUGAAUGUGGUGCAUCUUUUACUCAUUCUGGCAGUCUAAGGAUUCACAAGAGAACACACACAGGUGAGAAACCUUACACAUGUGAUGAAUGUGGUGCAUCUUUUACUCAAUCUCACUGUCUAAGGAUUCACAAGAGAACACAUACAGGAGAGAAACCUUACAAAUGUGAAGAUUGUGGUGCAUCUUUUGCUCAAUCUGGCAAUCUAAUGACACACAAGAGAACACACACAGGAGAGAAACCUUACAAAUGUGAUGAAUGUUGUGCAUCUUUUACUAAAUCUGGCAAUCUAAAGACACACAAGAGAACACACACAGGAGAGAAACCUUACAAAUGUGAAGAUUGUGGUGCAUCAUAUUCUCAAUCUGACCAUCUGAAAAAUCACAUGAGAACACAUACAAGAGAGAAACCUUAUCAGUGUGAUGAAUGUGGAUCGUCAUUUUCUCAGUCUGUUGAUCUGAAGUCACACAAGAGAACACAUACAGGAGAGAAACCUUACAAAUGUGAAGACUGUGGUGCAUCUUUUACUAAAUCUGGCAAUCUAAAGACACACAAGAAAACCCACAUAGGAGAGAAACCUUACAAAUGUGAAGAUUGUGGUGCAUCAUUUUCUAAAUCUGACCAUCUGAAAAUUCACAAGAGAACACAUACAAGAGAGAAACCUUACCAAUGUAAUGAAUGUGGUGCAUCUUUUACUCAAUCUGGCGGUCUAAAGAUUCACAAGAGAACACAUACAGGAGAGAAACCUUACAAGUGUGAUUUGUGUAGUGCAUCUUUUGCCAUAUUUGGCACUCUAAAGACACACAUGAGAACACAUACAGGAGAGAAACAUUACAAAUGUGAAGAUUGUGGUGCAUCAUUUUCUAAAUCUGACCAUCUGAAAAAUCACAAGAGAACACAUACAAGAGAGAAACCUUACCAAUGUAAUGAAUGUGGUGCAUCUUUUACUCAUUCUGGCAGUCUAAGGAUUCACAAGAGAACACACACAGGAGAGAAACCUUACACAUGUGAUGAAUGUGGUGCAUCUUUUACUCAAUCUCACUGUCUAAGGAUUCACAAGAGAACACAUACAGGAGAGAAACCUUACAAAUGUGAAGAUUGUGGUGCAUCUUUUACUAAAUCUGGCAAUCUAAAGACACACAAGGGAACACACACAGGAGAGAAGCCUUAG